CAACAACAACAACAACAACAACAAUUUGAUCCUUGGCAAUUAUUGGACAUCAAACACUGUUUAGUGUCUGAUGAUGUACUUAACAGCGACGGUGAGCCUU